AUGAUUUGGCUCUGCAAUCUUUUAGCCAUUGAUAAAAAUCAUUCAUUUGAAUCAGCGCAGAUGAUAAUGAUAAUUGUUCAUGGAUUGUUAGGUAUGGUUGACUCGUUGAAACAGAAACGGGAUUUUGAUCUGGAGUACUGCGACAGCGUCUGUGAGACUUCCACUUGCUCAUAUUCCAACUGUUUCUUCAAAGAACUCAACAACGAGAUGCCAAAGAUAAUGCUGAAGUCGCGUUCAAACAUAUCUUUGCAGUUCUUCAAUGCUUACAUUGAAAGCAUCAAACCAACUUUUUUCCAAAACCUCCACAUGAAUUCCUUGACAAUCGUUGACUGCGAAAUUGUUGACGAUGCUCCAACUGAUUUGUUCCAACACGUCGAAUUUUUGGAAAAAAUUGAAAUAAAUGAUGACAACACGCUAGGAAAACUUUUUUGGGCCGAUCCAAAAUUUACAGAACCUCUGCUUGACAAGAUAAAAACCUUUGAACUUUCCGAAAACGUACCUGAAAAGUGCACUGAGGAUUUUUUCAUGAAAUUCACUCAUUUGAUUCAUUUCGUUUUUAAAGAAGACAUCGACAAUUUCGAUUUUUUGGAAAAUUUCCAAAGAAAUUUAAAAAUAACGUUUCAACAUCUGAGUUUCGACAUUGUUUUCAAGUGUCUGAAGUUGGUAAACUUGCGCAAACUAUUGAAAGGCAUCGUUUUCGACAACAUCGACAAUCUGCUGAUUGAUACGAGGCACAUUAGAAGAUUCAGAAAAUUAAAGAUAAUAAUUAUCAGAGAAUGUCCAAACGUAAAAAUUGAUGAGAAGAUACUGGAAGACCUGCCUAAAUUGGAAAUAGAAGGACUACCUGAACCACUGCAGACGAAAGUGUACAAUUACAAGCCAGCGAGCGCAUGGGGCGGACCAGCGACGGUUGUGGACGCCUACAUAACCAUCAUCGAAAAGUCGCUACGCUUAACAUGCGUCGUCAAAGGAAAGUUCCCCAUCGACGUUGUCUUCGUCGAUCACACUGGAGUCGAAAGUCGUUACCCGCAGUUCAUAAAGAAGCCCAGCUACAAGGUCACAAAACAUUUCACGAAUUAUUCAAGGACCAUGAUUAGAAACAGACAUCGUUGCUAUGCAAAUAAUUCUUACGGAAUGUCUGACUCGAUGGUAUUGAAUUUACCCGAAGCAAGUAAGAAGUCCUCAUCCAAAUCGUGCGCUGUCGUGGCCUCCCUCGCGUUCAUCCUUUGGCAACUCUUCCUAACUUGUUUCUCUCGUAACAUCCUUGAUCGACUCUCAGCCGCGAAUAGUUUCGACGCACAUUAUUAUUUAUUAUAA